UCCACGAACCCAAACUCUUAGAAAAUAUCUGUACGCGCUCACACUAGCGGUUGAAUUCCUUUAUUUUCCCGACUCCCCACUCAAUCCUCUCUAUUUAUAAAGCUCGCGUCGCCGGUGACUAACUGUGUCAUAUUUUUCAAUUCGUUUGAAUCAGCGAAAAAGAUGGCGAGUUUGGUGGAAAAGGCGAAGAAUUUCGUGACGGAGAAGGUGAUGGACAUAAAGAAGCCGGAGGUGGACGUGCUGGAUGUUGAUCUGGCGGACGUCAGCCGCGACGGUGUCACCUACAAGGCCAAGGUGGCGAUUAAGAAUCCUUACAGUCAUUCCAUUCCCAUUUGCGACCUCUCUUACUCUCUCAAGUUCGCCGGCAGGUUGGCCGGGUCAGGUAAAGUAGCAGACCCGGGAUCGCUAGCGGGGAAUGAGACGACGGUGUUGGACGUGAUGGUGAAGGUGCCACACAAUGUGUUGCUGAGCUUGGUGAGAGACAUCGGUGCGGAUUGGGACAUUGAUUAUGAGCUGGAGUUAGGUCUCACGGUUGAUCUUCCACUCGUCGGAAACUUCACCAUUCCGAUCACCAAGAAGGGCCAGAUCAAGCUCCCUUCGCUCUCCGACCUCUGGACUUGAUCUGAUCGAUCCUCGCUUUGAAUAUAUAGCUAUAUGUGAGAUGUUUUUUUAAGGUUACUAAGUCUUGGUAUGUUGCACUUGGUGAUAAAACGGCUACGUACAUAUAUAUGAGUACGUGUUUGGUCGUAUGUUGUAAUAAUAUACUUCAAGAGUCAUGGUAAAAAGAGUGGUUUUUUGUUAUUCGCGUUUAUUUUAAUCGAAAAUUCAGAAUCUGAAA